UCACAAAAAAAGAACAAACAAAACAUCCGCGCUUAUUUUAAGUUUCAGUUUCUUCACAUUUUGCUCAAAAAUACAAUUUGAUAUUGUGUUUUCGCUUUUCAGUUAUCGAUUUCUUUUGUACUAAAUUGCAUGGAGUUUGUAUUAUAAUUCAUCAACUUAUCUUUUAUAUCAAGGAUUAGCAUUAAAUUAAAUCCAGCAUAUGUCUUGGAAUCGUUCUUUUGAUGAAAGGAAAGGAAUAAGAGAGAUAUGUCGACAAAAAAUAUUGAAUGACUUUAUCAAAAAAGUUAAGGAAGCAAAUGAGUGGACUGUUCUAGUUCUUGGGCCAACUGGAAUGAAUUUAAUAUCUUCUUGUUUCACAACAGAAGAACUAAUAGCUGAAAACAUAGCUUUGAUUGAGCGACUAGAUAACAAAAGGAACCCCUUGCUUUAUCUUCAUGCAACAUAUAUAUUGAUUCCUUCUGAACAGAACAUAGAACUUUUGCUGCAAGAUUUCGCUGCAUCCAACUAUAAACGAGUGCAUCUAUUAUUUUUAUCAGCUGUUCCUGAUGACAUGUUCAAUUCGAUGGCAUCGUCAAUUAAUCCAUUCAAAGUUCUUACUUUUUCGGAAUUGGAUAUGCUUUUCUUACCAAAGGAAUCUCAGGUCUUCACACUGCAGGAUCAUAAAUUUUUCUCCACAUUUUACAAUUCUUACUCUGAUGUCAGCCCUGUGGAAUUGGAGAGAGUGGCUAAAAAACUUGUUACUGUCUUUUCUGUUCUUGGAGUAGUUCCUCUCAUUCGAUACAGAAGAAAUUUUGUGAAAAAUUUCAUUUUUGCUGAAACAUUGCAAAAAGAACUGAAUGCUGUGAAGGAAUCUAUUUGGAAAAUAACACCAAAAGCUAAAAACAGGUGUCAAGUUCUGAUUCUGGACCGAGGAUUUGACUGUAUAAGUCCUCUUCUUCAUGAAUUUACAUUUCAGGCCAUGGCUUAUGACGUCCUUGACAUUAAAGAUGAUAUCUAUGAGUUUACUUUAACUCAAGGAAGAGAAGUGGGAACCACUCAGAAAAUCCUACUGACUGAAGACGACCCUUUGUGGUGCCAGUUGAGGCAUGAACAUAUGGCUGAUGUUGCUAAACUGAUACAAAAUAAGGUAGAAACUGACACUUUGAUGGAAAAAACCUCAUUUAUUAGGCAAAAAGGUAUUCCAAAUCUAAGUGAUACAAUAAAACAGUUUAUUCUAAGUAAGAGAAAUGAAACGUUCUACAGUUAUAGACACAUGGCAAAUGAAUGCAUGAAACAAUUUUGUGCUGGACUCAAUAAUGCUUCAGACUUGGAACAAAAUCUUGCUAUAGGUACAACAUUUGAAGGAAAGCAAUUUGGAAGACCACUAUCAAAUGUUAUGACUGUGAUUUCAGAUCCUACUUUGGAUUUGAAUGUUAAGCUAAGAUUACUGUUGUUGUAUAUUUUCUUUGAGAAAGGUAUUUCUAAGCAACAAUUUGAAGAUAUUAUGAAAGAAGCACAAAUACCUUUUUCCGCUGCUUCUAAACUCGCUAAUAUUCUUCAUUUGGAUACUGACCUAUUUCAUCCAGGUAGAUGCAUAGCUGUUCAUGACUCUAGCAUUGAGAGAUCGCAGGAUACUGAAAGUACUUACAAGCAGUCUAGGUGGAAGCCUCUCCUCAGAGAUAUUCUUAUAGGUUAAAAAUUUCACCAAAUUCACACAGGCUAUAGAUUUUCUGUAAUUUUUGCUGAUUUCAUUCUUAUGAGAUAAGUCCAAUUUUAUUCACCUAUUUUUUAUUUACACAUUUGUAACACUGACUUUUCAUACAAUUAAUUGUAUUUCUGUUUUUUUGUUUGGAAUAUCACUUAAAAAUUUCCUUUACUUUGUAACAUCACCACGGAGAGUAUUACAAAAAAUUACAUCAGUUACUACAGAAAUUCAUUUCUAAUAAGAGUUAAAAUUUGUAAGAAAAAUCUGAGUAGUAAAAUAAAAAGUUUAAAAAGUGUAAAAUGGUGAAACAAUUUUUUAAGUAGUAUAAAAUGGGAAAAAUAAUUUUAUAUUUGUCAGACCAAAAAUAAAAGACAUAUCGCUUUGGUAAUUAACUCUAUCACCACUAAAUAUUCCAUAGUGUUGCAGCUUAUGUUUUUCUUUGUAAGUCUGAGAUAUCUAAAAUUAUUUGCAAUUUUUAACCUUUUAACUGUCAAGUUAUUUUGAUGAUUUGGAUACAUAAAUUGUCAAUAUUUUUAGAGCAAAAAUUAAAUGUUUAGUACAAAAUAAAAUAUACUGAGUAGUUAAAAAUUUAUAUUUUGGAUUACAUUAAUAAAAAUUUUUAGGUUCCCAUAUUCACUUGAGGCAGCUACCACUCAGUGUGGCAGUCGUGAAGUUUGCUUCUAGUAGAGCAUUAUUUCCUAAAAGUUAAAAAAAAAAAAAAUUAAAUUAUUUUCUAAAGAAAUAAAUUACCCUUAUAUACCGUUUCAAAGGACUGAACAUCAUUUUGCAGCAAAAAUGUCGUGUACUUUGAACAUAAACAUCUAUCCUUUGAAACCUUCAGUGAAAUGCUGCCAUUUAUUGUUCUAAAUUGCAUUAAUUAAAUUUUUUCCCGAAAUAGAUUUGGGUUUGACAAGGAGAUGAAGCCGAAAAAAACUUCUCCCGACAUAUAUUCAGGUAUAACAAUACGAUGCUCUGAAAUGAAAUAAAAAAUUACCCUGAGUAAUACUCGAGUGUUACAUUUUAAAACACCAGUGCUGUGCCAAAAUUAUUUGGGGCAAGACUGUUAGAAGGUUAAUCAACUAUAUAUUUUUUAUUUAAUUUUAUGC